CAUGUUCUUCAAUGAUUAGCAACUGAUUUUCCCCCAACCCCACUUCACUACCCCCCACACCUCCCACUAUCUCACCAGCAAAACAACAAUCACUUCAUAUUAUUCCAUCAAUCAGUCAAAAAUCUUGAACCCCUUUUGCAGUUUUGCUAACAAACUUCUUGUCAAAUCACUUUGUGUUCAUUUUACCUUCUUAAUUUCACCAAAAGAUUAAUGGGUUUUGUGUUUUGACCCAUUUGGUUUCUUGGGUUGUUGUCAAAAUAUUAGCUUUUGGUUUCUUGUUCUUGAUCUUUCUGUGUAAAAAGAUUCUGUUUUUAAGGGUUUUUGUAAAAGUUCUUGAUGGGUAUUUCUUUAUUUCAUAAUCUUUAUCAUGGGUUUUUCUGUAAUUCCAUAAAGAUGAAUUCUUAGUGUUCAAUUCAUCAAUUGAGUGGAAAGUUGUAGGAAAGAUGAAGCAGUUGAUUUUAUUUCAACUUUUAUGUGUUAGUUUAGGGCUUUUUCUACCUGCUUAUGAGGCUGCUCAGUCAGUUGAAGUUCAUGCUUUGAAUUCAUUUAAAGAAGAUAUUUUUGAGGACCCUUUGUUGGUUUUAUCAAACUGGAAUGGGUUGGAUUCUGAUCCUUGUGACUGGCUUGGUGUCACAUGUUCUGCAAAUGUAGUUAUAAAACUUAACAUUUCUGGUUCAUCCAUCAAGGGAUUCAUUGCUGAAGAGCUCUUUCAGCUCUCAUCCUUGCAAGAACUGAUUUUACAUGGAAACAAACUCAUUGGUUCAAUACCUAUAUCAAUCGGAUCAUUAAAGUACCUCAAGGUCUUAGAUUUGGGAAGCAACGAGCUUACCGGGCCGAUUCCUUCUGAAAUCGGUAAUCUGGUCAACAUCAUUACAUUAAAUCUAGAAUCAAACGGGCUCGUGGGCAAAUUACCUUUCAAACUCGGUAAUCUUCAAAACCUUCAAGAUCUUCGGCUCGACAGAAAUAAACUGCACGGGACCAUUCCCGGACCAGUUAACGCCUCGAGUCAGAACAAAAAAGGUUUUUGCCGUUUAUCAGCGUUAAAAUACGCAGAUUUUUCGUAUAAUUUUCUCAUUGGUGGCAUACCAAAGUGCUUGGAGUAUCUUCCAAGGACUGUUUUUCGCGGAAACUGCCUACGCUACAAAGAUAUUAAACAACGUGCUCCCGAACAAUGCGGUGUUGUUCCCCCAGCAAACAAAGCCCGAGAGACAAGACUCCGACCCGCUGAAAACAAACCCAAGAACCCGGCCCGUGAUUCUAAACCCACGUGGAUUUUAGCGGUCGAGGUCGUAACGGGUGUAAUAAUCGGGUCACUUUUUCUCAUUGCAGUUUUCGCUGUUGUUUUGAGAUACAAAAGCAAACCUUUUGUUUUGAACAUGUGGAGUAAAUCCACUAGCUAUAAAGAUCACACGACGGUUUUUAUCGAUUCCGACAUGUUAAAAGACGUGACGAAAUAUAGUCGACAAGAACUCGAGGUUGCUUGUGAGGAUUUUAGCAACAUUAUCGGGUCUUCAGCCGAUAGUCUGGUGUACAAAGGAAUUAUGAAAGGCGGGCCCGAAAUUGCGGUCAUAUCUCUUUGUGUUAAAGAAGAGCAUUGGACCGGAUAUCUUGAACUUUAUUAUCAGAAAGAGGUUAUCGAUUUGGCAAGGCUAAAUCAUGAAAACACGGGGAAAUUGCUCGGGUAUUGUAUAGAUAGCCAUCCGUUUACAAGAAUGUUAGUUUUUGAGUAUGCAUCAAAUGGAACGUUGUAUGAGCAUCUCCAUUAUGAAGAAGGGUGCAACCUAAGUUGGUCAAGGAGAAUGAAGAUCAUUAUAGGCAUAGCUAAAGGUUUAAAGUAUCUUCACACCGAAAUUGAGCCACCGUUUACUCUAUCCGAGUUAAACUCUAGUGCAGUAUAUCUAACUGAAGAUUUUUCACCAAAGCUCGUUGAUUUUGAAAGCUGGAAAACUAUUGUUUCAAGAUCGGAAAACAACUCGCGGUCCAUCAGCCACGAAGGUGAUAUUUGCGUUCUUCCGAGCUCGUUUGAAGACCGCCACCUGGAUGUUCAGGGUAACAUUUACUCGUUUGGCGUUCUUCUUUUGGAAAUCGUUAGCGGACGCCCUUCUUUCUGUAAGGACAAAGGUUGCCUCGUAGAUUGGGCGAAAGAUUAUAUUGCGAAGCAAGAUGAGAUGGGUUCAGUUGUAGAUCCUGCACUGAAAUAUUUCAAGGAAGAAGAUUUGAAAGUGAUAUGUGAAGUGGUUUCUAUGUGCAUUCAUUUACGGCCCAGAGAUCAAACGUCGAUGAAAGACUUGUGUGCCAUUUUGGAAAGCAAAAUCGACACAUCAUCUUCUUCGGAGAUGAAGGCGACUUCAUUAGCUUGGGCUGAGCUUAUGCUCUCUCCUUGACCCGACCCGGCCCCGCCCAAAUUAUAGAAACUAGUGUCAUGUUAGGACCUUGUUAGGAUUCUUUUUGUUAUUGAUAGUUUCAUGAGUUGAAGAUUACAAACUGUAAAUUUUAGUGAAGUGAAAAUGUUGUGUUAUGAACAUAAAUACACAAUUGCUAGUCACAAAUAGGUAGAGAACUAAGAAACAGAAAUCAACUUCCUGAGUUAUUGAUAAA